AUGGCGUCGCGGUGGCUUCCCGUCGUCAUCUUCCUCUUUGCCGCACUUCCGUUGGCGGCGAGAGCGGGAGUGACCGGCUGGACCGCUUAUGCCGGUGUUGGCACCUUCCAGCCGGGCUCGAAGUACUACGUCAACCUCCAGGGCAACGGAAGCGACGUCACCGUCUUCUGGUCGGGCAACGCCACCGCCGGCGGCUUCCCCGAGGUCACCACAACCGUGCGCGCCUGUCUCGAGAGCAACAACACGUGCGUCGAACGCACCCGCACCUCGGGCGGCGACGCGCCGUGGACGUGGACCCUCGCCGGCCUGAUCCCGGUUGUACGUGGCCUGGCGAACGUGACCGUGGUCGUGAGCGCGGCGAACAACCAGACCGUGACCGGCGGCAGCGACUGGACCUCCGUGUGGGCCGACCUGGGUCGCAACGACGUCGUUGCCCAUCUGUCCUACGACGCCGCUGGCGGCGGCUUUCAUGUGGCCGUCGAGGCCGUGCCGCUCAACUACACCUGCCAGUGGACUGCCGACAUUGUCGAUCCCAACACCAACAAGCCGUCGACACUCGAGUUGCGUGCACCGCUCACCAUCGGCUCGUCGGUUCAGUACCCCGACCCGCAGUGCGUCGUGCCCGAGUUUGACACGCGCCUGCCGGCCGGCACCGCCUUCACCAUGGCGCUCCUGUUCGGUGAAGACGACGUGGUGGUCCCGCCGCCGGCCGUGCCGGUCGUGGGCCGCACCGGCGCCCGGGCCACGGGCCUCACCCUGCCGGCCGACCUCUGCUCGGGCCAGAACGUGAGCGUCGAGGGCUUCUUCUACUUCGGCCCGAACGAAACCGCCACCUACGCGUGCAGCUUCGGCCGGUCGACCUCGGCCUGGCGGGCGCCGGUCUCAGCCACGCUCGUCGUGUGCCCGCUGCCGGGCUUCGCGGACACGGUGACCCACGUCACCGUGUGGCAGUCCCGUGGCCCGGCAACAUCGACCGUGGGCGGCUUCAACAAGACCUUCACCUUCACCCAGACCUGCGGCGGCGGCGGCGGCGGCGGAGGUGGUGGCAAGGGCGAUGAUGACGACGCGUGGCCCUACUGGGCGUGGAUCCUGGUCGGGCUGGGCGCGGUGGCAGGCCUCACGACAGUGAUGGGCCUCGCGGCCCUGGCCUACGUCCAACUGUGCCGCGGCCGGGGCGGCGGCGGCGAGUACGAGCACAUGGCCUACACCGACAACCCGAUCCACUACGGCGGCAGCGAGCUGCCCAUCGACCGUAAGACCUUCAGCGCCUAG